GGUGCCCUCCUCGAGACUUCGACCGAUUGAGGAAUUUCUAACCGGCGCAUUAUCUAUUCGGAGUAGAAAGUUUGGACCGAGAAAGAACGUACGCCGCUUCAACGACGCAUGCAGUGACCAAACUAUCUUCACCGCCCGAUCCGACUCUCCCCCGCUUUUAUAUACGCGUGCUGGCUAGAUGCAUGCGUGGUACGAGGAAAACGUACUACGUGAGCCAUUUCGGUGUCCGAGCGCGUGAGCUCGAUCGUCAAGCUAUAGCUCCGGCGAACGUACGGCGAUCGAUCGAUGGCGGCGUCAUCGUCCCUGGCUUUCACGGCGCGCCGAGGCGACCCGGAGCUCGUCGCGCCGGCCGGGCCGACGCCGCGCGGGCUCCGGCGGCUCUCCGACAUCGACGACCAGCGCAGCUUCCGGUUCUACCGCUCCAUCAUCUACUUCUACCGGUCCGGCGGCGGCGACCCGGCCAGGGUCAUCCGCGGCGCGCUUGCGGCGGCGCUCGUGCACUACUACCCGAUCGCCGGGAGGAUCCGGGAGCUUCCCGGCGGGAAGCUCGUGGUGGACUGCACCGGCGAGGGGGUCUCGUUCGUCGAGGCCGACGCCGACGUCUCGCUGGAGGAGUUCGGUGACUCGCUGUGCCCGCCGAUCCCUUGCGCCGGCGAGCUCCUGACCCUGCCGGAGAGCAACUCCGCCGUCGUCACCGACCGACCACUACUCUAUGUGCAGGUGACGAGGCUGAGGUGUGGCGGAUUCGUGUUCGGCACCCAGAUCUGCCACAACCUCGUCGACGCGGCGGGGAUCACGCAGUUCUGGCAGGCCGUCGGCGAGCUCGCGCAGGGCGCGGCGGCGCCCAGCGUCCGGCCGGUGUGGGCGAGGGAGCUCCUCGACGCGCGCCACCCGCCGCGCCCGGCGUACGACCACCCCGAGUACGAGCCGGCGUCCGACGAGGCCAGCGACAAGCUCCGUCCGGGCGACGAGCUCGUGCACCGCAGGUUCCUCUUCGGCCCCGACGACGUCGCCGCGCUGCGCGGCCAGCUCCCCGCGCGCCUCGGGCCCCGGUGCUCGCGCUUCCUUCUCCUCUCCGCGUUCACCUGGCGCUGCCGCACCGCCGCGCUCGGGUACGCGCCCGGCGACGAGGUGCGGUUCAUGUUCGUCGUGAACGGCCGCGGCCGCGGCCACGGCGGGAGGCCGCUGCCCGAGGGGUUCUACGGGAACGCGCUCACGUUCGGCGUGGCGCGUACGACGGCCGGCGAGCUCUGCUCGGGCCCGCUGUCCCGCGCCGUGGAGCUGAUCGCUGCCGCGAGGGCGCGGACCAUGGCCGACGGCUACGCGCAGUCUGCGGCCGACGCGGUGGUGCUCCGCGGGCGGCGGCGGUUCACGACGGCGCGGACGUACCUGGUGACCGACCUGACGAAGUCGCCGCUGCACGAGGUGGACCUCGGGUGGGGGCGGCCGCUGUUCGGCGGGCCGGCCACGACGACGCUGGCCACGUUCCACAUGCCCGCCCGCGGCGGCGGGAUCGCCGUGCCGAUGUGCCUGCCGCCGCGCGCCAUGGAGAGGUUCGCGGGCGCCGUGCGUGCGGGGCUCGCGGCGGGCGUUCCCCGUGCGGCGGAGGAGGCCGCCGCUCUGUCGAAGAUGUAGACUUGGGCUUGGAUUUCAUUCAAGUGGCCUCUUAUUGGGCUUCUACAGCGCCAAUUGUUGGCCCAAAAAAAUCCAAUAAAUCAAUUUUAGAAACUGGGUUCUGUAUUUCGGAAGCUAUAAUAAUUUGAUCCGAAUUCAAAUAAUAUUGGAUCAAAUUUAAACAGAUCUUGCUAA